CUUUCUUUUUCGAAAACGCUGUCGUUAAUUUUUACACAGCUUAACACAGUUAAUAUCAAAUCUUUUGCUUCGAGACAAAAUAUUUUCCUGGAAACUGCAAAACAGUCGUAAUUAACUUUAAAUCCAACUUACGUCAGUAAAAGCUAUAAAUCAUGAAGCAAAGAGUGGGAAAGAACGCAUCUAAGCUACACCUUGGAAGUUUGAAUAACCAGAAUGGCACCUUCAAGUUUGGUUCUUCUUUGUUUUCUAACUCUACUGGCACCCCGUUGGGGAAGUUCUUUUCCGAUGCCAGAAGGUAAGGAACAUUUUGGUUUAACCUGUUUCCUUUUCAUUUUAAACUGCUUCUCUGUCCCCGCCACGCGAGACACUGGUUGCUGUAUAUUCCUUUCCCGACUCCUUUCUCAUUUUGUUGAUGUAGAGGGUUUUUUUCUUUAAACUUGCAAGCUUCUUGUCCUGUCUUACUUCAUUUAGUAUUUUGUAGUAUACAAGGUUCGAUCUUUGCAGCUUCCCCUCGCCUCAUAUAGAUCAACCAUCGCUUUUCAGAAAAAUGUUUUUAAAUUUUCAGCCUACUUGCCGUUGUACACGUUUUAUCGACUAAAAGAACACUUUGUAGAUCAUCAGUGACAAGUGAUUUAUCUAACAACCACCAACCAAAUUAACAUAGUUGCUUUGUAUUGAGAACUGAGGGUAUUUUGAAGGAGGCUUGAGCCGAAGGAAUUUUUUUUUGCAAUUUGUGGCUUCCAUAAACAAACUUACAUUUACCUUUUCCAAAAGCAAAAUUUGGAGAUGAAGAAGUAACACACUUUUACUAAGUUUUAUUCAUUUACUGACUUUAAAGCAUUUUAUGUCUUUUCAUCACAGAUGACAGCAGAGACCAUGAUGAUGAAAGAGAUGAUGAUGAAAGAGAAAAAGAUGACCGUGACCAAGGUUUGAGGGAUGAUAAGUCUAAUGAUGAAGACUUGGAUAGAAACAAUGGCAAAGAGGAUGAUGACGAAGGAGACGACUAUGAAAUGAAAGGAGGCAAUCGUGAGCAUGGCUUUGACAAACGGAACGAUGACCGAAACGAAUACGAUAAUGAAAGGAAUGAUGACUACAGUGACCAUCGCAGAAAUGAUAAAGAUGAUUACGAAAGAGGAAGAGAUGAUAGAAACGGUGACGACAAUAAUGAUUUAAGAAGGCGAAAUGAUGAACAAGACGACAGCAGCAGGAGAAACGAUGAGGGAGACUUCUCUGACCGAGAGGAUGAAGGCCACUGGAAUAGGAGAAUAGGAGGAAAGAAAGGAAAAAAGGGUAAAAGCGAAGAAGAUAAGGGCGAGAGUAGAAGCGACGCUAUGAGAGGAAGUCAGCUUCGCUCUGGAGGCAUGUCCCUGUCUACUUCCAACCUCAUCUUAUUUUCUGUGGCAUUGAUAAUUCAUCGUGCGCGCAGUUUCCUUUCAAUGUAAUGGACACAGACUGCUAUGGAUUGCAAAACGACGAAUUUUGUUUAAAGACUUUUUCAAAGUAAAGUAAAGUAAAGUAAAGUAAAGUAGCUGACUGGAUCACUUAUCGAAUAUGCGUUGCGUUGUUUCUUUAAUAUCGAAGUUACUUCUAGAAAUAAGGGUGCGAUUUAUGGAAAAAAUGCAAGGUGAGAUCAAUGGUUAUAAAAUUUAUUAAUCACUUAUGAGGCUAUUUCAAGUGUGUGUCGUCACACGCCCAAUGAAUUCAUGUCCAAAUAAUUGUAUGGAUUUUCCCGCCUUAGUUCGCCGUCUCGCAGAAAAAGUAUUUUUCAUCCGUAAAACUAAGCGAUCCAUGACUUUAAAUGAAUAAAUGGUGAUUUGGG